AUGCCUCGAAGUUCCGGGAGGAAAAAAGGACAAGCGGUCAGCUACAAGGAAGAGUCGGACGGCGGAAGCACGGACCUCGAGCCCGGCAAGGCGUCGGACGCCGUCAUCGCCAAGGCCAAGAAGGGCGCGGCCCCCAAGACGACGCAAACGCAAGCGCAAACGGCUGCCGGGAAGCGCGGGCCGCCGGACGCCGGGGCGGAGACGGGAGCCGACGGCCCCGAACGAGGCGCCCGACCGGCAAAGAAGCGCAAGGCCAAAGCCGCCGACGCCGACCAGGACGCCGCGCCUCUGGCGGGCCGGACGGCCGUGUCCGCGCUGGCCAAGCCCAUGUACAUCGGGGCGCACGUCAGCGCCGCAGGAGGCGUCCACAACGCCGUCUCCAACGCGGCGCACGUCGGGGCCAACUCGUUUGCGCUGUUCCUCAAGCCCCAGCGCCGAUGGGCCAGCGCGGCGCUGACGCCCGAGGCGCGCGAGCAGUUCGCCGCGCGGUGCGGGCGGCUCGGCUACCGGGCGGGCGAGCACGCCCUCCCCCACGGCUCGUACCUGGUCAACCUGGCGCAGGCGGACGAGGCCAAGGCGGCCCAGGCGUACGGCAGCUUCGUCGACGACCUGCGGCGGUGCGAGCAGCUCGGCAUCGGGCUGUACAACCUGCACCCGGGGGCGGCGGGCGACCAGCCGCGCGAGGCGGCCGUGGCCCGCAUCGCCGCGCAGCUGAACCGGGCGCACGCGGCGACGGCCUCGGUCGUCACCCUGCUGGAGAACAUGGCCGGCGGGGGGACCGUCGUCGGCGCCGCGUGGCAGGACCUGCGGGACAUCAUCGCCCUGGUGGACGACAAGCGCCGCGUCGGCGUGUGCCUCGACACGUGCCACGCGUUUGCGGCCGGCCACGACCUGCGCACCCCGGAGGCGUUUGCGCGGACCAUGGGCGCGUUUGACUCCAUUGUCGGGCUGCAGUACCUCCGGGCGUUUCACCUAAACGACAGCAAGGCGCCCUUCCACUCCAACCGGGACCUGCACGCCAACAUCGGGACCGGCUUCCUCGGCCUCGGCGCCUUCCACAGCAUCGUCAACGACGACCGCUUCCGCAACCUGCCCAUGGUGCUCGAGACGCCCAUCGACAGAAAGGACCCGAGCGGCAAGACGGUCGAGGACAAGCAGGUCUGGGCCGACGAGAUCAAGCUGCUCGAGAGCCUCGUCGGCAUGGACCGCGACAGCGACGACUUCAGGCGCAGGCAAGCGGAGCUGCAGGACCGGGGCGCCGCAGAGCGGGCCAGGAUCCAGGCGCAGGUUGACAAAAAGUCCGCAAAGGAGGCCGGGCGGGGCGCCGCGGGGCGCAGGCGGAAGAAGGCGCCGGACUCGGGCGACGAGAGCGGCUAA